AUGGCGUGGCAUGACUAUGUGACUGGUUGCGUGGGGGGGAUGGUGUGCGAGCGAGACGACGAAUGCGGGAUGUUUGUUCUUGGCCUGCCCUAUGCUAUUCUUCAUGGUGGAUACCUAGGACUCUUUUUAAUAAUUUUCGCUGCAGUGGUUUGCUGCUACACUGGGAAAAUCCUUAUUGCCUGUCUUUACGAAGAGAAUGAGGAUGGGGAGAUAGUGAGGGUGAGAGACUCCUACGUGGACAUAGCGAACGCGUGCUGCGCACCUCGCUUCCCCACCCUUGGCGGCAGAGUCGUGAACGUGGCUCAGAUCAUUGAACUGGUCAUGACCUGCAUUCUCUAUGUGGUGGUCAGCGGGAACCUGAUGUACAACAGCUUCCCCAACCUGCCCGUUUCCCAGAAGUCGUGGUCCAUCAUUGCCACGGCAGUGCUCCUGCCUUGCGCGUUCUUGAAGAACCUUAAGGCAGUCUCAAAGUUCAGCUUGCUCUGCACGUUAGCCCACUUUGUGAUCAACAUCUUGGUGAUUGCCUACUGCCUCUCCAGGGCACGCGACUGGGCCUGGGACAAAGUCAAGUUUUACAUUGAUGUGAAGAAAUUUCCCAUCUCCAUUGGCAUCAUUGUCUUCAGCUACACCUCCCAGAUCUUUCUGCCUUCCUUGGAGGGCAACAUGCAGAACCCCAAGGAGUUCCACUGCAUGAUGAACUGGACUCACAUAGCAGCUUGCAUCCUCAAGGGACUCUUUGCAUUGGUCGCCUAUCUGACCUGGGCUGAUGAAACCAAGGAAGUCAUUACAGACAACUUGCCGUCCACCAUUAGGGCAGUAGUCAACAUCUUCUUGGUGGCCAAAGCCUUGCUCUCGUACCCCUUGCCGUUCUUUGCGGCCGUGGAAGUCCUGGAGCGGUCCCUUUUCCAAGAUGGAAACAGGGCCUUCUUCCCCAACUGCUAUGGGGGCGAUGGGCGGCUCAAAUCCUGGGGACUCACCCUCAGAUGUGCCCUGGUAGUUUUCACCCUGCUCAUGGCUAUCUAUGUCCCACAUUUUGCCCUCUUGAUGGGUCUUACUGGGAGCCUCACAGGUGCAGGGCUCUGCUUCCUGCUCCCCAGUCUUUUCCACCUAAAACUCUUGUGGAGGAAGCUCUUGUGGCACCACGUCUUCUUUGAUGUUGCCAUUUUCGUUAUAGGUGGUAUCUGCAGCGUCUCUGGGUUCAUCCACUCUUUAGAAGGCCUCAUAGAGGCCUUCAGAACCACCGCUGAAGAUUAAGGAGGGGCUGGAGUCAGUCAGCUGCAGUAAGAGAAUCACAUCGAACAUCUGCAUAGCCAAAUAAUUCUGCAUCCCUUUAAUGGAAAGAGUCAUUAUUUUCGUUACGUGCAUCCAACAAAUUCUAUGUCAUAGGAUCUGCAAAUUAAAGGAACCAGGAAGAGAUGAAAAUGUUCACCCUGCUGUCUUUUUAAAUAAGCUAAGAUUUAAAUAUAUUUUUUUGUUAUUUAGAAUUUUUUGAAGGAAAUUACGCAGUGCCCCACCCCUGUCUCCUCACUCGUUGCCUGAAGCCUGGCCCCCGCGAAUGACCUGUUGGGAAACAGUCGCAGUUUUUCAACACUCCUCACAGAUAUGCAAUUCAGUGUUUCAGGAGCUGAAACACAGGUGCCGAUCCCACAGGAUUGGGUCACCACGCUCACAGUCAGAAGCAAACCGGCCGUGGGGGCUGGGAACCGGGACCUUCGUUUUACACACCGUGUGAAAUGGAUGUAGACGAGACCUAGAUUGUACGACCAGCCCAACAAGUCCAAGCAGCGGCUGACGACCAGCGAUGCCAGUUACCUGCAAUGUUUACACUGUAGUCACAUAGAUGUCAGGACUGCUUAACUCUUCCAUCCGAAUUCACACCGACGAACGGCGCUUCCCAUCAAUUACAAUGUUUUGCCUCUGGUUGAAAUCACACACCCGGAGUCUACUUCUUGACUUUCGUUUCGUUUCAUUUUAACAAUGGUUAUUUCUAAAUUAUGAAAAGUUAGGAAAAAAACCCAUAAUAAUAUAUUGUUGGAUUUGACGUCGUUCAGGAUACAGGAACAAAACUACAACACAAUUCAUUCUGUGCAAUCUACCAGAUCUGUGGAGCUGUUUCCAAUGUACGUGUGGUGUCAUUGUGGUAAAUAAGAUGAAAAAUGUAUAUCAGAAAAAAACACACAAAAAUCUAUCUUUAACAUAUAAUGUGGUACAUAAAUAUAUCAAACAAUAAAGAGAAAACAUAGUCGAUGA